AUGGAGGCGCUGUGCAACGGACAAGCUAUAUCCGAACAUGUGAAGAAUAUUCCCGGCUCUCACUCCUUCCAAACGCAUGCGACGUCCAUGCUGAUCGCCACGACGGCAGCGCGCGUCGCCGCCUUCCCGCUCGAGACAAUCAAAAUCAUGCUCCAGACCAAUCUCGUGCCGUUCAUUGCAGCGGCGCCCGCUGCUCCGGCGCUGGACUCGUUCGCGCUCCAAGCGCAGCUCCAUCCGUCCCCGUCCUACUUUCGCGCGCUGCCGGUCGCUGUACCAGCCGAAGUCAUGGAGCUGGCUGGCACAAGACCGCCACCACCACCACAACCUCCGUCGCUGAGCGGAGCCCCAGGACGCCAACAGGGACUGGUCGCGUUUCGACCCUACUGGGACGCCAGAGAGUGCCUGCGAUCGCUCGCCACUUGCUGCCCCUGCCCACCUUUACUGGGUGGUCUUUUGCGGAUUCACUAG